AUGCUAUCUAUCUAUCUAUCUAUCUAUCUAUCUAUCUAUCUAUCAUGCAUUUCCAUAAUCUAUCUAUAUAUUUCAGUUUUUCAUAUCUAUCUAUCUAUCUAUCUAUCUAUCUAUCUAUCUAUCUAUCUAUCUAUCUAUCUAUCUAUCUCAGUCUGUUCUUAUCUUUCUAUCUAUUCUAGUUCUUUUUCUAUCUAUCUAUCUAUCUAUCUAUCUAUCUAUCUAUCUAUCUAUCUAUCUGCCCAAUUUCACUCCACAAAUCUGGGGUGGUAUGUGUCGUAUAAUCUAUCUAUCUAUCUAUCUAUCUAUCUAUCUAUCUAUCUAUCUAUCUAUCUAUCUAUCUAUCUAUCUCAGUCUGUUCUUAUCUUUCUAUCUAUUCUAGUUCUUUUUCUAUCUAUCUAUCUAUCUAUCUAUCUAUCUAUCUAUCUAUCUAUCUAUCUAUCUAUCUAUCUAUCUAUCAAAGUCUUCACAUUAUCUCUAUAUAUUCUAGUUUCCAUGAUCUAUCUAUCUAUCUAUCUAUCUAUCUAUCUAUCUAUCUAUCUAUCUAUCUAUCUAUCUAUCUAUGUGACUUUUUUCAUAUCUCUCUAUCACGGAUGCUAUCCAAAUGACGAGAGUCUCGUUUUCUCUAUCAAGAGAAAUUUCUGCAUUGAGGGCAGACGAAAGUUUUUAAUGAAAGAAAAAUACAUAAUGGAUUAA